AUGCUGAACGUCCUCGUUACUGGAAGCUCCCGCGGCCUUGGCCUGGAGCUGGUUAAGCAAUUGGCCGCCCAUCCUGAUCUAAAUGGAGGCUUGGUAGUGGCUACAGCUCGAAAAUGCAGCCCAGAGCUCCAGAAUGUGAUCUCGUUGAACAAAGGCACUGUGGUCUUCGUCGCUCUGGACGUGACUGAUCAAGAGAUAAUCGUGCAGUCAGCUGAGAAAGUCAGAUCUGCCUUGGUAGGGCGGAGUCUAGACAUCUUGAUUAACUGUGCUGGCGUCCACGGUGAAACUCAUGGAAAACUUGCUCUGAUGUCCGACCUUGAAUAUCAAUUAUCAGCUAACGUGACGGGCGCACAUAAGGUUCUUCAGCAACACCUCCCUCUUAUGCAGACGAGUCACCUCAAGAAGGUUAUUAGUAUUUCUAGUGAAUUCGGAUCCAUGACGAAGGCUCGAGAGGUGGGCUACGCACCCUGCCCAGCCUACAAAAUUAGCAAAGCAGCUUUAAACGCUUUGAUGGUACAAUAUGCUCUGUCUUACGAGGACGAGGGCUUUGUAUUCCUCGCAGUGAACCCCGGAUGGUUGCAAAGCGACAUGGGUGGGCAAGAUGCCGACCUUACUGUUCCACAGGGUGCGGAGGCAGUACUGAAUAUUGUGAUGGCCGCCAGCGACCGGGAUAAUGGUAGUUUCAAGACCAUCGAUGUUCCAGGGUGGGAAAAAUAUGAUGGUGGCACUGUGCCUUGGUAG